UUUUUUUCUUGUUCAAGGUAGUCCUCUUAAUGGAGCCUGAUUUUUUAAAAUUUAUUUUUCAUUUGAAAGGCAGAGUUAGUGCAGAGACAAAUCUUUCAUCUGCUGGUUCACUCCCCAAUGGCAGGUGCUGGCCGGGAGGGGUGAAGGCUGCGGGCAGAGGUUUAACCUGUCAGCCCCGAUGUGGGCCCUCUAUUGACCGGUUCUAGCAAGAACCACAACUGAGACCUGACAGAAAUGCUGAGGAAAUAGGAGAAACCUGACACUUCAGGGGACAAACCCGUAGUGUCCUCGGAUGGGAGUUGUCCUCUGACACAGGGUCGGCCUUACGUCCGUUUUUCACUAUCCUUUUGCCUGUUUGGAGGGUCGAGCGGGCCCGAACGCGGAGACACGGCGGAGGCCACCAAAGCGCGGAGUCCUCCCGGCGAGAAGCCCGAGGCUGCACACGCUCGGGCUCCGCCCCUUCCGUCUUCCGGUUCUAGUCUCCGCCUGUAACCUUUAAAUCUCGCGCGCUCUACGCGGAUUGGCUGCGUCGGGGGAGGUUGGUCGACCAAGUGUCCGCACGCCGCCUCGCCGUCCAGCCCGGGCAAGUGGCUUUCAAAUCUGGCCAAUCAGCGGACGCGCUCCCUCAGCUGAAUCACGUCAUCGAAGGGUUAACCUCAGCCAACCGGAGGCGGGCACUAGGAAAAAGAACCAAUCGAAAGCGCGCAGGGGGCGUGUCCUGGGGGCAUAUAAGGGCAGCGCCGGCGCGCGCGCGCCGACAGUUGGACUGCGGCGGUUGGCCGUUGGGUCCUGCUCCCGGACGUCCUUUUUUUUUUUUUUUUCCCCCCUCUUGUUCUACCUCGCUCAUCAUGUCUGGCCGCGGCAAGACCGGCGGGAAGGCCCGCGCCAAAGCCAAAUCGCGCUCCUCGCGUGCCGGCCUGCAGUUCCCCGUGGGCCGCGUCCACCGGCUGCUGCGGAAAGGCCACUACGCCGAGCGGGUGGGCGCCGGCGCGCCGGUCUACCUGGCGGCCGUGCUCGAGUACCUGACGGCCGAGAUCCUGGAGCUGGCGGGCAACGCGGCCCGCGACAACAAGAAGACGCGCAUCAUCCCCCGCCACCUGCAGCUGGCCAUCCGCAACGACGAGGAGCUCAACAAGCUGCUGGGCGGUGUGACGAUCGCCCAGGGAGGCGUCCUGCCCAACAUCCAGGCCGUGCUGCUGCCCAAGAAGACCAGCGCCACCGUGGGGCCCAAGACGCCUUCGGGCGGCAAGAAGGCCACCCAGGCCUCGCAGGAGUACUGAGGGCCCCGCGCCGCGCCACCACACAAAGGCCCUUUUAAGGGCCACCACCUGUGUCACGGGAAGAGCUGAGCCGCGUGGGCCGCGGCGCCCGGCCUCCCCCUCCCCUCGCCGUCCUGCAGGCUCCCCGGGUCGCGCUCGUGACUCAGCCGGCCCGGCCUCGGGAUCGCCGCAGCGCCCGCUGCAGGACGGCGGGCCGAGUCCCCCGCGGCCGCCAGCCCCACGGUGCGUGCCCGCCCUCGCGUGGGCGCCUCGGCCCAGGACUUGGGAGACUGUUCGGCGCGGCCGGACUGGCGAGCAGCUUCCCGCUGGGGGGUUCCCUGUGUGUCCGCGUGCGACUCCCUACCCGCCCCACGCUCCCGGACACCAGCACACGUCGGUGACUCCCCGUCUGGAUCGCCUAGGUUGGCUUCAGACUGAAAUCGGUGCAGCUAACUCGUCUCGGACUAGAACCUAGAGGUGGGGGAGGAGGGGCCAAAUGGACUAAUUUUGUUUAUUAAAAGUUUUUUUUUUAAA